AUGCCAUUCAUUUCCCACAAAAACAACCUUAAUAUCAUCUUUGAUGGUGGCAGUGGCCAAGGAAAAGAGGCCGAGAGUUUCAUCUCGGAAUUCUUUGCAGAUUUGCAAGCCUAUAGGAAGGGUAGCAUUGCUCAUGAAAUUUUCUCCUCUAAGAGAGAUGUCGACUAA